AUGGCAUCCCCCAAGGUAAUCAUCAUCACCGGCGCCAGCAAGGGCAUUGGCGCCGCCCUCGUGCUGCGCCUCCUCUCGCAAUCCCACAAGCUCGUCCUCACAGCCAGAUCGAGGGAUGUGCUCGAGGAGGUCAAGUUUGCCCGUCCGGACCAGGUGGAGUUUGUCGCCGGAGACAUGACGGAGCCAGGUAUUGCCCAGAAGGUUGUUGAUACUGCAGUCAAGGCGUUUGGAAGGGUGGACGGUGUCAUUGUGAACCACGGUAUCCUGGAUCUAGGGAAGCUCAGCGACAUGUCACUAGAGACAUUCAAAAAGUCAUACGACGUCAAUGUCUUCAGCGGCUUUGCCAUGGCGAGCGCGGUCAUUGGAGAGCUCAAAAAGACUAACGGCUCAAUCGUCUGGGUUUCAUCUGGAGCAGCUACAAAGGUUUACAACGGCUGGGGAGCCUACGGAUCAUCCAAGGCGGCUAUUAAUCAUCUCUCGGCACACCUGGCAUCAGAAGAGCCCAGCAUAACUAGCAUCGCCAUCGCUCCAGGUCGAGUGAACACCGAUAUGCAAGCUGUGCUUCGAGCGACCGGCAAGGAGAGCAUGGAUGGAUCGCAGUACGAGAAUUUUGUCGAGGCAUUUGAAAAGGGGACUCUGCUGGAACCAGAAAAGCCCGGCAACGUCAUCGCAAAACUCGCUGUCGAGCCGGCAAAGCAUCUGAGCGGCAAGUUCCUGUCAUGGAACGCGCCGGAGUUGGCAGCGUAUCAGGAUGACGCUUGA